ACUAUAUAUAUAGACAUUGAGACUUCAAAAAUAUUGAGUUUGAGGCCAUUGGCUUUAACAACUAUAGCAGACAACUAAGGGAAGACAGCAGAUCACUUAAUCAUCUUGUGAAAGAACAUCCUAGUAAACUAGUUGUCGUACAAAACCUCCCCAAGAAUAAACCAAAAAAAAUUGGCAAUUGCAGGUAUUAAGAAUUGCUUAGAAUCCUAAAGAUAUCGGCACAUGUCUAGGAUGGUGAAAUUCAAAGGAAAAAGUUGCAGCAAGUCACGAGAAUUGGAAGCUAUUAACACAUAACAGGAAUCUGAAUAUGAUUUUCUCAAGAAAAUGUGGACUUGUUGGAUUCCUAGGCAUUCCAGAACUGAUAGUUUCAAAGAUUUCCUGAUAAUUCAGAACUGCUACAAAUACAGUAGCAGCUCAAACUUCAAUAUUAGCUUCCUACAACCCAAAUUCCAAAGUUUCACCGUCUCUAGCCACAUCCCUCUCUGAUGUAUCUUCUCUGUUGAUAAAAUAUCCAUAACAUAAACAAAUGGAUAAUAUGAGAAGACGCCCCAAAAAAAGCAAAGAAACAACCACCACGAAACUACCCACCUCCUUUUCUUUUAAGUUCAUGAACCCAAUUCCUUUCCUUCUUCUAUAUAAACCCCUUUCCCUCUCCAUUCAUCCCUCACUCCCCUUUUUCUUUAGCGAUCAGCUAAAACAAAGGAAAAAUAGAUAUAUACUGAACCAACGGAAACCCUUCAAAAAUCACCAUGCCUUCUUCUUCAGCUACCCUUAUUUCGAAAUGCACGAUUUUCCCAGACCAAAAAUCCUACAUCAAAACCUUAAAGCUAUCAGUUUCAGACAUCCCUAUGCUGUCCUGUCAGUACAUUCAAAAAGGAGUUUUGCUGACGUCUCCUCCUUUCUCCUUCGACGACCUCGUCAUUUUCCUCAAACAAUCUCUUUCCACAACUCUUUCUCACUUCCCUCCUUUGGCCGGUCGUCUCACAACCGACCCCGACGGUCACUUGCACAUCACCUGCAACGACGCCGGCAUAGAGUUUCUUGUAGUGAAAUCUCCUAAACUUUCUAUCCACGACAUUUUGUCUCCAGGCGAUGUCCCCGAUUGUGUCAAGGAGUUUUUCACUUUUGACAAGACACUUAGUUACUCGGGCCAUUUCAAGCCGUUAGCUGCGGUUCAGGUAACCGAGUUAGCCGACGGGGUUUUUAUUGGGUGCACAGUGAACCAUGCUGUGACCGAUGGGACUUCGUUCUGGCACUUUUUUAACUCCUUUGCUGAGAUUACUAAAGGAGCUUCAAAAAUAUCGAACUCUCCCGAUUUUUGCCGUAUCAACGUCUUCAAUUCUCAAGCCGUGCUUCAAUUCCCUCCCGGAGGCCCCUCAGUUACUUUCGCCGGCGACGAGGCGUUGAGGGAAAGGAUUCUACAUUUUAGCAGAGAAGCGAUUUUAAAACUUAAAUACAGAGCUAAUUACGGUUGUUUGUUAACUAAACAAACGAAUUCCGAAGUUUUAGGAAAGCUCUAUAACGACAGUUGGAAAUCCGUUAACGGAGAAAGUAACGGCAAGGUGAAAAAAGUUUAUGAUGAGAUUUCGUCUUUCCAAUCGCUUUGUGCUCAGCUUUGGAGGUCGGUGACGCGGGCUAGGAAAUUGGAGCCGACCAAGAUGACGACGUUUAGGAUGGCGGUGAAUUGCCGGCACAGGUUGGACCCAAAGCUCGAGCCGUACUACUUUGGGAACGCGAUUCAGAGCAUUCCUACUUUUGCUCCAGCAGGUGAGCUGCUGGCUAAGGACUUGAGCUGGGGCGCCGAUCUGCUUCAUAAAAACGUGGUGGCACACGACGAUGAUACGGUACGGAUAGGUGUAGCUGAUUGGGAGAAGCAGCCGAGGUUAUUUCCGUUAGGUAACUUUGACGGUGCAUCAAUUACCGUGGGAAGUUCUCCUAGAUUUCCAAUGUACAAUAAUGAUUUUGGGUGGGGCCGGCCUUUGGCUGUGAGGAGCGGUAGGGCCAACAAGUUUGAUGGGAAGAUCUCAGCCUUUCCUGGUAGAGAAGGGAAUGGGAGCGUUGACUUGGAGGUCGUUUUGGCGCCCGAUACGAUGACGGGCCUUGAGAACGACGCCGAGAUUAUGCAGUACGUAUCGGAAAUCGUGUGAGGGAGUACACUGUAGUGGAAUCUCUUUUUUAAGUGGGAUAAGUAGCCCAGGUGUCGAUAUAUGAUUGGUGAAUAAUUGUUAAACCAUUAUCCAAAUCUUGGGGUUGAGAGGCGGUGAUCUUUUGGACGGUUGUGAUUUCAUUUGUGUAAAUCAUAAGAGCUAAACGGGAUAAUGUUUUGGCUACUUUUAUCAGAGUUGUUAUGUUGGGCUUUGUACGUGAAAGCUUUUAUUUUCCAUGUGAUGACAUCAACUCAAAGGAACGGUUUUAUCAUAAUCAAGUUGCCUAAUCUAUAAUUAAGGAUAGAAAAUGAUAGAAGUAAUUAAAAAAAAAGAUUAUCUUGGAAGUUUCAAUGGCUAAUUAAUCUAAAUUAUCGGCCUUUUAUUUGAGGGUCCAGAGGUACCACUUUCUCAAGUCUCAAGGCUUAACAUAUACAAGGUUGUCACUUUCAGGCUUGGAUCCAUCUACCAUUUUGGGGCCAAUGGAUCCAGUUACCAUUUGCACCUAUUUCUUUAAGGUUUACUUGUAUCCUAACCUAUAGUAUGAGAUUAGCUUGUGUCAACUAUGGGAUUUGAAUCUUGUUACACAUUUAUCUCAGUUUAGCACAUGGAUCUUCCAAUUUCCUACUCUCAAAUAUAUGUCUAAUUGCACUUGGUAACCGGCUUGAAGUUGAUACUUGAAAGUAUGUUUGCAGGGAAAGCAAAAUAAAGAUAUCCAUGGAAAGUUUUAGUUUGCUAAUGGAAGUUCAGCUGCAAGAUUA